AUGUGGGUGCCGAUCUUGCAAAUGUUGACUGUUAUACAGAGGGGCACUUCCUCGUCCACGUCUUCUUCAAAUAGGCGCCCCAAGUCAGCCCCAAGUCUUCAGAAGUCGCGGCCCUGCAAGCCGAUCGACGGCAAUUUGCUGAAGCACUCCCCGGCGUUCGUCUACAAGCCGCAGAUGUAUGUGUCGUUCAAACGAACGUCAAAAAUUUUUGCUAUGCAACCCGCAAUUGUUGAGCAAAUCGCGCUGGAGCGCCCGUGGGUUUUGUCACUGGUCCUGAUGCCUCCGCUGGUCAUCCAAACAGUGUGUAUGAAUUGGCCGCUGUACACCCACCGGGCGGCCGUCGUCCGCUUCUGGGAGGUGAAAAAGUUCCUUCCGAUCAUUCUCCUACAACGCCCGGAGGACCUAUUUUUCGAAACACCGAAUCCCCCAGACGCGCCCCAUCCGACGGCGGCAAACAGCUUCCAUGAGGUGAUCACUCAGGAGCAGAUGUGCUAUGUAUGUGGAUUGGAAGCCGGUACGCGGCCCAUGGGUCUUCACCGCGUCGGGACGAGCUGCGCGAACUCGUAUUACUACCAGCUACGAAAGCCAGAAGGAUCUCGCAAGCACAAGAAGGCCUGUCCCGAUACAGGAUUUACUACGGAUGCCUUGCCUACAGAUCCGGAGGCUCGCCGGCUCAAAAUCCGUUUGCUGGCUUCCAAUUCCUGCUCGUAUUGUGUCUUCCUGGCGGCCUGCUUGUUGCAGAUAACUAAUGAAUUUACCCAC